AUGUCGGUGACACAGAGCACACAGGGGCAGAACUAUGAGACGUCCCUUUCUAUGACCAAGAAGCCUUCGACCAUCUCCACGCCCCCUCCUGGCGAUGAUACGGUAGAGUUCCGGAAGAAGACUCGCACUGUUGGAUAUCUAUGGCGCUCGGGAGUUGCGGGGGGAAUGGCGGGUUGCGCGGCCAAGACGAUCGUCGCCCCUCUGGAUCGAGUCAAGAUUCUCUUCCAGUCCAGUAAUCCUACAUAUGCGAAAUACUCGGGAUCUUGGGCCGGUGUCGCGGCAACUCUGCGGGACAUAUACCACCACGAUGGACCUACUGGACUUUUCCGCGGCCAUUCCGCGACCCUGCUGAGAAUUUUCCCUUACGCGGCCAUCAAAUUCCUCGUGUAUGAACAAAUCCGUUCUGUUGUGAUCCAGCACAAGGGCCAAGAGACGCCCUUCCGUCGGUUUAUCAGUGGAUCUCUUGCCGGAGCCACCUCCGUUGUCUGCACUUACCCCCUCGAGCUUAUUAGGGUCCGUAUGGCCUUCGAGACUAAGAGAGUCGGCGGGACGUCCUUUGCUUCCAUGAGCAAGCAAAUCUACAAUGAGCCCCCUGGCGCUACGAGUGCCUCUUCCGCGGUUUCCGCGGUUACUCGCGGCGGUUUCCUCAACUUUUACAGAGGUUUCGCUCCUACGAUGCUUGGCAUGGUUCCGUACGCCGGCAUGUCCUUCCUAACGCACGACACCGUCGGAGACCUGUUUAGGCACCAUUCGAUCGCCAAGUGGACCACGCUGCCGCGCCGCAAGAACGCGCCCAAGGGCAAGGCCGUCCCUCUGCGAUCCUGGGCCGAACUUACCGCCGGUGGGCUGGCGGGUAUGAUCUCGCAGACGGUGUCCUAUCCCAUGGAGAUCAUCCGGCGGCGCAUGCAAGUCGGCGCCGUGGUUGGCGACGGUCACCGGAUGCGAGUCGCGGAGACGGCGGGGAUAAUAUUCCGGGAGAAGGGCUUCCGCGGCUUCUUCGUCGGUUUGACGAUUGGAUACGUCAAAGUGAUACCCAUGGUCGCGGUGAGCUUCUACGUUUACGAAAGGGCCAAGGGAUGGUUUGGCAUCUAG